AUGUUGCUCUCGCCGCCGACCCUGCUGCGCGGAGGCGCGCCCGCCAUCGCACCGGCCGCGCGGUCCGCGCUAGCUGCCGCUGGCGGCUCGCUCGCCGCCUUCGUCAGCAGCGGCGGCGCCGCUCCCGCCUCGGCGAUCACGAGCGACAGCGGCGCUUCCUCGCUGCUGUUGGCCUCGAGUGCCAAGGACACAGCGAGCAUCUUCGACACCGUUCUCAACCUCGGCCUGACCGCCAUCUUCCUCGCCCUGCUCGCCACCAUCCUGAAAUUUGGCUUCGAUUUUGUGACCACGGCUGCGAGCGUAGCGCGCCCGGUGGACGAGGCCGUCGCCGAUACGUACGGCGAAGAGGCGGCGGGGACAAAGUUGGCGCCCGGCGAGGCACUGUACGACGACACACCCAACCCGAACGCCAUGGAGCGGAUGGCUACGUUGAAAAAGGGCACGCGAGCCACCUCCUCCGUCCGCGACCCCGAGAAGAAGAUUGACUUUACCAAGUCGGAGUCGGGCUUCGACUUUGCGCCCUGGAUGCAGAUCGACCAACGGGCGGUGGCGCGCGCCGAGAAAGAGCGCAAGGCGCGCAAGGCGAAGGACAAGAAGAAUAUGUAGCGCCUCCGGGCGGCGGGGAAGCGGGGAGAGCAUAUCUGACUUUUGGAUUCGCGCGUUUGCGGCCGCGCCGGCGUUCGCCGAGCGAGCGCGAGAGAUGAGGGGUGGAACACCCCCCCAGCCCCCACGUGUGUGUGUGUGUAAAUAAAUAAAUACAACGGACAUCC